UAAACUUAUUAAAUAGUCAGUUAUGGCGGUGAAUGAACCCAUUUUAGCGGGAGAUAUCUUUGGAAUUUGCGACGGAGAUGUUGCUGGGCCCGGGUUGGUUGCAAAAGAAAAUAUUUUCUCAUGUCGAAAAAGUGGCAUCUUGAGAAAGAAGAAGAACGUCUUUUUUGUCGAAUUCUUGCAAAAGAAAUAUUCACCGGUGAAGGGAGACGAAUUGGUAGGAAUUGUGCUCGGAAAGAUGGUAGACGCCUUCAAGAUAGACAUUGGGUGCGGUGAACCGGCAAUACUUAAUGUAUUAAGUUUCGAAGGGGCAACGAAAAGGAGCUACCCUGACCUGAAGAUAGGCGAUACAGUGUUUUGUCGCUUAAUCUCAUCGGAUCCAUCGUACGAGCUCGAAGUUGUCUGCAUCGAUGGAAAAGGAAAAGCAGACGGCUUGGGACCCUUGGCUUCCUCUCAACCAUCAAUUACAGUAAAUGUCUCCUGCAAUUUUUGUCGCAGAAUGUUACUGGAUUUAUGUCCUCUGAUGAGUGGUUUAUCAGAGCUUUAUAAAUUCGAAGUAUGUGUGGGACAUAACGGCAGAAUCUACCUUGCAGCUUCAUCCCACGGAACCCUGAUGCUUGUGGCCAAUACAAUAUUAACUUCAGAAUCGAUGGACGAUGGACAGAUUCAGAAAAUGCUUCGGAAGCUGGGAACGAAACACUUUGUUGAUAUUUAAAUUUUGAGCUAUGCUUUGCCUAUUUUUCGGGUGAACUUAUGUUUUGCAGCAGUGGAAUAAACUUUUGUUGACGAUCAGGCUUCGAAGAAAAUCGAGUUAAAUACAAAAUUACAUGUUGAUACAGUUUCCUCUAAAUCGGAUACAUUUAAAAAAAAAAGUGGGCCAAUAAUAAACAGUGUUCGAAAUUCACAGAGCCUCAACGUGAUAUAUUUUUUCAAAUGUUGAAAUUAUUUAAUUUUUCAUCAUUUUUUUCGGUUUCCUUGUUCUUUUGCCUUUUGUUCACAGAUUGGUACAAUGAGAGGCAAGCUCGAAAUGGUAAAUUUACAAAA